AAUGUAGGCAAAAAGAAUUGUUUUGAUUACAGGUGCUAAUAGAGGAUUAGGAUUAAAAUUAGCUGAAGUACUUGCAGAGAAAUACUCUUUAAUAUUAACAGCUAGAAAGCAAGAUGAAUUAGAAAGAAUUAAAGAAAAUUUAGAAAAGAAAUUCUAAAAUCUUGAAAUCAGGACUCAUCAAUUAGAUGUUAGUAAUAAGGAGAGUGUAGCAAAUCUCAAAGAUUGGCUUGUACAAUAACAUUUAAAGAUCGAUGUACUUGUAAAUAAUGCUGGAGUCAGUUAAAACCCAAGAUCAAUAAUUGACAUCAAUGUUAUUGGAACAAUUGAUGUAAGUGAAUAAUUAUUAACUACAUUAACAGAAGAUGGAAAGGUAAAUGAUAAUUUUAUAUAAUUUUAGAUUCUUUUAGUGUCAUCUAUUCUUGGAAAAUUGAAUAGUCAACCUAAAGAAUUAAAAGAGUAAUUAUAGUAGAAAAAAACAAAGGAAGAAAUUAUUUAACUUUCAGAGGAAUUUAUCAAGAAAAAUGAUAACAAUUUGGCUGUCUAUUCAGCAUCUAAAGCUAUUUUGAAUGCUUAUGGUAGAUAUGUAUUGAGUGGAUUGGUUAAACCUAAUUAAUCAAUAUACUGUAUGCAUCCAGGAUGGUAAGAUUAAUUAACUUAUUAAAAUAGGAUCAAAACCGAUAUGGGAGGUCCUUAAGCUCCAGGUAGUCUUGAUGAUGGAGUUGUUACUAGUCAAUUUUUAAUCAACAAUUUACCCUUUUAAAGAGAUGAGAAGUACCAUGGCAAAUAUUUUAAUGACAAGGCUUAAGUGGAAGAUUUCUGAGU